AGAAGACCUCCGAGGUUUCGUAGCUUCCCAUUGACAAAACAGCUCACAACUUGCACAUUUUGUUUGCACCCCCGGCAGUUUCCCAGCAAGCACACCUGCCUUUGAGAAGACAGAAGUUUCCAGCUCAUGAGCUUAGCCUCUACCCAGAAAGUGCCUCAGAUCCUAGACAUCGCAUCUUCAGCAUAAGCUAUCAGCAUUGAGCUUUUCAACAGAACUACAACGCGAUCACAUCAAGCAUAAUGCAGCUCAUCUACAGCACCCUCGUGCUCGCUCUGCUGAACAUCGUGGUGCACGCGAACCCAGCACCAGCAGCUCUUGUCCAGAACGUUAGGCGACAAGAAGCCCCAAUGACAAUGGCCACUGGCGUUACAAGCAGCGCGAUCACCACGGCGUCAGAGUCGCAGGUCACAGACGUAUACACUGGAGUCUUCACCGCGGGCGCCAAUGGUGUAUAUGGCAUAACCUCACAAUCUGGCUACGUCCAAAUUGCCGGCUACUCACUCACCGCAGAAGGCGCAGGCGCGUUGGUUGGAGGCCUUCGUGUUUCAGUCGCAAGCCAAGGUGAAGUUGUCGUAGGAGGCACCACGGUGCCAUUGGAGCAGUACACGCCAUCUUCCUCGACCUCUGAGCAAACGCGUACAACCCAGCCAACAACGACGAGCGAGACUGCGAGCGAAUUCGAGAUGACUGAGAGCGCGGCCGCUACCAGUUCGGGCGCCGCAGAUACUGUUGGAGUCGGGUUCGCUGGAGUGGCUAUCCUGGGUGGACUGGGCGCAUUGUUCUUGUGAUAGCAGCCCUUCCGGCGGCAUGCGGACACCGAC